CCUCUCCACUGAACUCCAACCCCCGCGCUCUCUAUCAGCAUCUCAUUCCUGUCUCAAUAUGUCUCAAGAUGGCGGCCAAUGCAGGAUCGAUGUUUCAAUAUUGGAAGCGCUUUGACUUACAACAACUACAGAAAGAACUAGACGCCACCGCCACACAGCUUGCCAACAGACAGGACGAGAGUGAACAGUCCAGGAAGAAACUAAUCGACCUGAGCCGCGAGUUCAAGAAGAACACACCAGAGGAUUUCCGGAAACAGGUUGCCCCUUUGCUCAAAAGCUUCCAAGGAGAGUCUGUUUUGCAGUUUUCAGUGUGUUUAACGCGGUGUGUUUUGUCUCUGCCAGACCCUGUACCUGUGCUGGAGCUGGCUCAGCAGCUGCAGCUGAAGCUCCAGAGGAUGCAUGACAUUGAGACAGAGAACACCAAACUUCGAGAGACACUGGAGGACUACAACAAAGAGUUUGCAGAGGUUAAAAACCAAGAGGUGACCAUUAAGGCCUUGAAGGAGAAGAUCCGUGAGUACGAGCAGUCUCUGAAGAAUCAAGCCGAGAACCUGGCCCAAGAGAAGCAGCUCCAGCUACACAACGACUAUGCAGAGAAGGAGAGGAAACUCCAGGAGAGCCAGGACUCCAUGUCCUCACGGUUGGAGGAGUCCGAGCACAAGGCCCAGUCCCUACAGACAGCACUUGAAACAACUCAGGCCGAGCUCUUUGAUUUGAAGACCAAGUAUGACGAGGAAUCCACAGCAAAGGCCGAUGAGAUUGAGAUGGUGAUGACAGACCUGGAAAGAGCCAAUCAGCGAGCAGAGGCAGCUCAGCGCGACAUGGACUCGCUCAGAGAGCAGGUGUCCUUGAGCAGCCAAUCCCAGCUGGGCAGCCCGGCCAAGGCCGACCCCGACACGCAGACGGAGGGGGCAUCCAACUCAAGUCAGGAGGCGGAGCUACGGGCCAAAGAAAGGGAGACAGCCCAGCUGGUGGAGGACGUCCAGAGACUGCAGGCCAGCCUGACCAAACUCCGAGAGACCACCAGCUCUCAGAUUGCACAGCUGGAGGAGCAGCUCAGCAGCAAGACUGCCACUCUCAAGGAAUUGGAGGAGAAAGUGCUUAAGCAAGCUGACUAUGAGGAGGUGAAGAAGGAGUUGAGCAUCCUCAAGUCCAUGGAGUUUGGGACAUCUGACUCUAUGCAGGACUCCUCCAAACCUCUGGAGGUGCUGUUGCUGGAGAGGAACCGCAGUCUUCAAUCUGAGAGCGCCGCUCUGCGCAUCGCCAACACUGAGCUCAGCGGGUCAGCCGGGCGGAAAGGGACAGAAGAGUCCACAACGAAGGAGGAGACCAUGCCCAGCGAUCCCUCUUCCUCGCCCCCUUCUCCCCCUCCCUCUCUUCCUUCCUCCUCCCAGUUCCCCCUGUCUCGUACUAAGACGGACACCCUAAACACUGCCACCAACACCAGCAGCGGCGAAGCGCACCCUUUCAGUCCUACGGGCAUUGGACAGGAUUUCUACUCCCCUGUGUUCCCUCUGGUGGGUGGUAAGAUGGCUUUGAACUCCCUGAUCCAGCGGCAGCUGCUUCAGACCUUCUACUCCAAAGCCUUGCAGGAGUCGUCUGGGAUCCCCAGUGGCGCUCUGCUGUUCACGCCCUUCACUCCAACCCUCAGCUCCAUCCCUACCUCCACCCCAGGCUCUGGGUCAGCUGCCAUCCCUCUGGCGGCCAGCAGCCCCCAGCCACCUCCAGCCAGCCCAGACAUGGCUCCUUUGAAUGGGAGCAGCACCGCUGGCAGUGCCCCGUCCCCGUCACCCAGCCACUCUGAGGCCACCACGGGAAGUAUUUUGGACGGGGAGGACAUGGACACGGCUGAGAUUGCCCGACAGGUGAAAGAGCAGCUGAUCAAGCACAACAUUGGCCAGCGAGUGUUUGGCCACUAUGUGCUGGGACUGUCCCAAGGAUCGGUGAGCGAGAUCCUGGCCAGACCGAAGCCGUGGAACAAGCUAACCAUCCGGGGGAAGGAGCCUUUCCACAAGAUGAGGCAGUUCCUCGCCGAUGAGCAAAACAUCCUCGCACUGCGCAGCAUCCAGGGACGGCAGAGAGAGGGCUCAGGCCAGCCCCAGCUUAGCCGAAUGUUUCAGGAUGUUCCGAAGCGGAGAGCCCUCUCCAAUACAGCUUCACACACAGGUAACAUUACCGCCCGGGUCCGCACCCCAGAGGCUGGUUCAGAUGAGGCUAUCAAGUCCAUUCUGGAGCAGGCCAAAAGAGAGCUGCAGGUGCAGAAAGCUGACUUGUCCCAUAGUCAGCCUUCAUAUACAGGACUGAAAGGUGGGGGCGGCAUGGGCGGCAUGGGCGGCAUGGGCGGGCUGGGAGGCCUGGGAGGCCUGGGAGGAGGAGGGGGCCACGGGUCAGAUGAGGCUAUCCGCUCCAUCCUAGAGCAAGCGCGCAGAGAGAUGGAGGCCCAACAAACUGCAAUGGAGCCCCUCCUCAAAGCGUCAUCUUCGUCUUCCUCCUCACUACUAUCACAGAGGGACUUCCUAAACUCCUCGCUGACCGCUCCCCUUCCCCCUUACAACCCCCUGGCACUCUCCCUCAAGAAGCCCAGCAGCUCCUUCUUGUCCUCCCCCUCAUCCCCGUCUCCCAUCCUGGACUUCAGCUCCAGCGUGAAGAGAGAGGGCAGGGGUUCUUCAGGGAUGGACCUGUCUGUUGAGGGAGCUCUCAGGCUGGGUCGGAGCUCUGAGGGGUCCGGCCGCUCUGGAAGUUCUGGAGGAGUGGGUUACUGGAGAGAGCAGUGGUGGAGCAACAUGCACACGGACCCCCGCAGGGCCUCAGUCAGCCAGACAGGAGAGGACAACCACAUGCAGGAGGACUCCAAAGAGGGAAUAUUGAGUGACAGUCUGUCUCGACACAAGCCGUGGAACAAGUUGAACCAGAGGAGCAGAGAGCCAUACCUCCGCAUGCAGCCGUGGCUCAACGGAGACCAGGGGCAAAACGCACACAUCCAGCCAGCUCAGCACCAAGCAGAGGGUACUCCCAAGACAUCUGCCAGCUGCAGCCCUGCUCCUGAGUCCCCCCUCAGUUCAGCUGAGGAGUCUGUCAACGGUCUUGGAGGGGAUCCACUCGCUUCACAGUCCUCCAGUCUCAAACCUGCGUCUGAGGAUCCCUCAGGUGGGGAGUCCCAGCCUGGCACCCCACUGCCUGUCCCCGGUCAUUCGGGUCUCAGUAUCCAGGAAAUGGUUGCCAUGUCUGUCGAGCUUGAUACUUAUGCCAUCACCAAAAAGGUUAAGGAGGUGCUGACUGAUAAUAACCUUGGCCAGCGUCUGUUUGGGGAGACUAUCCUGGGUCUGACUCAGGGUUCUGUCUCAGACCUGCUGGCCAGGCCCAAACCCUGGCACAAGCUCAGCCUGAAAGGCCGAGAGCCAUUCGUCCGUAUGCAGCUCUGGAUCCAGGACCCACACAGUGUGGAGAAACUCAUGGACAUGAAGCGCCUGGAGAAGAAAGCUUACAUGAAGAGGCGGCUAAGCUCCCUGAGUGAUAGCCAUCCUGUGGACGUGGGUUUAGUGGGGCAAGAUUACAUGCAGGGCUCCCAGAGCCCGGUUCAUCAGCAUCUGAAGAAAGCCAGGGUGGUGCUGGGCCCCGAGGAGAAGGAGGCCCUAAAAAGGGCCUACCAGCAGAAGCCCUAUCCCUCCCCAAAAACCAUUGAGGAGCUGGCCUCCCAGCUCAACCUGAAGACCAGUACUGUCAUCAACUGGUUCCAUAACUACAGGUCACGCAUCCGGCGAGAGCUCUUCAUAGAGGAGAUCCAGGCCGCUGGAGGGUUAGUAGGGCAUGGAAGUGAGGGGGGCUCCCCGUCCCUCCGAGGGUCCAAAUCAGGAGAGGGGGACAGCUGUGAUGGGACAGAAUCUGAAGGCACAGUGGAGACACGCCAGGGACUGGGUAUGGGCCUGGAAGAUCACAGAGGAGCAUGCAAAGACGACAUGGAGGUGGAGUCUGAGGCAGGGGGAUCUAAUAACUCCCCUGACCAGCUAGACUGCACCGGGCCAGGCUCCAGCUGUGGUCUGGGGCUCUUCAGCCUCACAGAGGCAUCCUCCAGUUGCUCUGCCUCUAGUACUAACAUCCCAGCCUCUGGCCCUGCCAGAAACCCCAGGGACAACAAUCUGCGCAAGAAGAAAGCUGCCAAUCUCAAUAACAUCAUCCACAGGCUGGAGAAGGCUGCUAGCAAAGAGGAUCCCUCAGAGUGGGAGUUCUAGCUCCUCCUGGGCAUCCUGCACCCCUCUUGUCUCAUAACCUCACGACCUCUAACCUUGGACCCCUCCUGCUCUGUUCCAGUUGGAGAGUGGACACAGCCAAAGUCAAGCUCAGCAGCCAUUUUUAUUACAGAAAAGCUUUCCGAAAAGAGGAAAGAAACAAAGAGUGGUUGGCAAAACCCUUAAAAAGAAGAUUUACUGAAUACCUAGAAGAACAAAAUAAGAGGACCUAUGCGUCUCUCCGUUUUUUUUUUAAACUGAGUUUUGUUUUUGUACUGAGAAAAGCACUUAGCCGUCCUGCUGGCCUCCGGCCCUGCUGUACCUUCCCCUAUUACCAGCCACUGGUGCACCAGACUGGUUCCUCCUGAGCGUGGGUCUGACCCACAGCUGAGGAUGAAACCUGGACUCAGAAACACAGGCAAGGCCUGACACAGCAGCUGUCUCAGUGAUAGACACUGUUAGAUGAUAGAUAGAGACAGGAACUCUCUUACAAGAACUCUCACUUUCUUAAAUGAGAUUUUUUCCGCUCUUCUUCUCACCUCCCAAGUGUCCACAAACCUCCCCUCACUCAGUGAGACGCCUCAUUUUUCACACUGUAGAGUGACUGUUACAAACCCUUUGCCUUUUUCACUCACUGCGUGUGUGUGUGUGUGUGUGUGCGUUUUUGUAUGUUAGGGGUUGCGUCAGUGUGCACCUGUUUGUUUGUGUGUGUGUAAACACACCUAAAAAUGGUGUGUGUGUUCUCUUCUCAAUGGCAGCAUGUUUUCUUUUUCAUCUCACUCCUACACUCUUAAGAGGGUAGUGGAAGGCCUGCCGGCUGAGCUGCCAUGGUUACUGAUGUAAGAGAGAUGAACUUUGACCUGUUGUGUCCCAUAUCCUAUCCUGCUGACAGCCAUGUGAUGGCCAGAAGGAUCUCUAAUUCCUCACAAACACACGCACUCAUCUGAAGAGGAAGGAUGGAAAGAACCCUCUUUUGCCUCCUUACCCGUCUUUAAAGGAUGAAGGAUGAUCUCUUUUUUUUGAUAUUGCAAUUUGGUUGCCAAUAAGAGAUUGCACAGUCUAUUGACUCUAAAGAGUACAAGAUAGGGAAUUUUAGGAAGCAUUUUAAUUAGUACAAAAUAAGAACAGAAAAUAAGAGAAUAACAAGUUACCGUCUUUAAAAAAACAAAAACU